UCGGUCUUCCUCACUACAAACCGGACUACAAACGUUUGCUCAAGCCUUUCUGUUUGGGCAAAUGCACUACAGCCGGUAAAAUGGCUUUUGAGCGUGAUACAAGUGGUGUUUCCGAGCCCGUUCUUGGAAUAGUGAUAGCUAUAACCUCCAGUUUCAUCAAUGGGUCGACAUUUGUGCUUCAGAAAAAGGGAAUAUUACGCGCCCGUAAUAGAGGUGGGUCCUAUCUGAGAGAUGUGGUGUGGUGGAGCGGCACGCUGUCCAUGAUUGUCGGUCAGAUUGGGAAUUUCCUGGCAUAUAACACAGCCCCUGCUGUGAUAGUUACACCCUUGGGGGCCAUUGGAGUGUUGUUUGGGGCUGUGCUGGCUUCGUUGAUCCUUAAGGAGCACUUGAAUAUCCUGGGGAAGCUUGGCUGUGCGUUAUGUUGCUGUGGCUCUAUAAUGCUUACCAUUCACGCCCCUAAAUCAGAGGCUGUAACUUCAAGACUGGAGCUUGAAGAGAGGCUGUCAGACCCAGUGUUUUUAAUUUAUGCCUCGCUGGUGGUCCUGCUGCUGACUGUGCUGAUUUUCUGGAUCGCUCCGGCUUACGGCAGAUCAAACAUCAUGGUAUAUGUAGCCAUAUGUUCCCUUCUGGGAAGCUUCACCGUUCCAAGCAGCAAAGGACUUGGCCUGGUUGCACAGGAUGCCUUUGGUGGAGGGUCAUCGAGUCGCAGGGCGCUGGCUCUCUUCCUGGGCUUGCUGGGAACACUGGCCGUCAGCAUCCUCAUACAGUUCAGGUUCAUCAAUAAGGCCUUGGAGUGCUUCAGCUCCAACAUGUUUGAAGCCAUAUACUACGUGUCUUUCACAUCCACAGUGAUAUUUGCCUCUGCACUUCUCUUUAAGGAAUGGACUGCACUAACUAUAACUGACAGCCUUGCCAUGCUGUGCGGUCUGACAACAGUUUUUGUGGGAGUUGUUUUACUCCGCAUAUCCCAGGAGGCCUUGCUCACUUGGAAGGAAGAAAACAAAAAGAUUGACUGAGACUCCAUAAAGUGUCUUAUGAAGUGUUUUUGUGUCCUAAUGCAUCUGUCAUUGACACAGUGCCUAUACUCGAUGCAUAAUGUACUACAUCUGGUUUUGGGUUGGGUUAUUUCUAACAGUUUUAACGUAAAAUGUUGAUACUUUGCUUUAAAUUUGUUGUGAAACAGUUCUCAUUUCCUGUGUAAAAAUGAAGAUGCUCGUUUGUUGGGUUUCAAUAAAGACUUCCUUUAAUUUUGCCAGUUCACAUGACCCCAGCCCUCAUCAUCAUGGGGAAGCUGCAUCUUAUUUCACUUGAGUGCAGCUUUUUAACAGCACACGCAAGUACAGCCUGGGAACCAGCUGACAUUUUGUCAACUUAAUGGCUUUGACCAAUUUUUACUUUUUUCAAACCUCUAAAAAUAAACUUAUAAAGCAUUAUCAAAUGGU